UCAGGCUUGAAUCCCCCUUCUCCUCAAGUUCAAGUUCAAGAUCCAAUAUCAAUAAUGAUUCAUUGUUUCCUUUCUUCUUCUUCUUCUUCUCCAGACGCUUGUGGAGUAUUAAUGCAGAAUACUGCAACUUCAGCCCCCCCAUUAGCUGACGAGGAGGAAGAAAGUUAGGUGAAAAAAAAUGUUGUGGAAUCUGAUGAAUUGAAGAACAUGCAUGCUGUUACAACAAUGAUACUCCAUUGUGGAUGAGAUGAGUCACUCAUCUAUCACACAUGUUUCUCAGACCACCUUGAAUGCUGGGAGUGGCUCUCCUGGAUUUUCACAUGGUCUUGAUUGGGCUAUAGCUAGAAAAGGUGUUACUGUGAAGGAUAAAAAGCCUUUAGAAACUCGAGUCAUCUUGAGCUACAACAGAAAGGUGCAAUCGCAGCAGGCGGUAACUUCAACGCAUACUGUUACUAUUUCCCAUGAUCUUUCUUUAUAUUCCAUCACUGUGUUUGUCUUAUUUCUUUCUUUUUUUCAUUUGUUUCUCCUUUCUUUUGGAAUCUUUGUCAGGAGUUCCCAUUCAUGUUAGGGGGAGUCUUCCUGGGAGAGCUUCUGAAAUUUCCAAGCCAUAAUUCAGUAAACUUCUCGAACAGUCCAGGUGUUGUGGAUGCUGUUGGUCUCGGAGCUCAAGGAAAUAGUGGUCUUAUAGCUGCAGAUAUUGAGCGUUCUUCACUUAUUUUAUGUGGUAAAGCGUCUGCUGAUACCAGUGGAAUUAAAGAAGCACUAGCCGCCUUGUCCGGGCCUAUCAUAGCUGCUAGAGGAGGCAUUCCUUUAUUAGCAAGAUAAAAUUCUAUUAUCUGAUUUCAUCAGAUAAUGCAAUUAAAUGCAAUGUCUAAUGUACGAGAUACAUCUGGACUUCGUGAAAUUCAGGCUUCUAGUUUGCAACUCUGUGAUUGUUAUAUUUGCUCCUGAAGAUACCAUUCAGACCUGUGCUGGUAAACUGGUAUCUGCAGAUGCAGGUGUAAUUCUUUCUUCUCAAGGUGUUGUGCCAUAUUUUCAGACAAGGAAUUCUGGUGAACCUGGUUCUUUCAAAUUCCCAUCUGCUAUUGUCUAUGCAACUUCUGACAGUUCCGGGACCAUUCCCUGUAUAUCCAAGUUAUCUCCUUGCCAAGCAGCCUAUCACUUCUUGGCUGGGUAUCAAAAUGGAAAGUUUGUGCCUGCAUAUAGUGACAGUCCUUCCAUUGACACAUUAGAAUUCGCAAAAGCUCUUUCAUCAGAGACAACCAAAUCCCAUCCUUACUGGUUAAUGUCAAGGAAGGAGAAAGGAGUCUUACAGGAGAGAAGUAAAUGGUGCAUGCAAUCUGCUUUCUUCAUCCUUACGGCUGGGAAAGGAUGCCAGGAGAAGCAGCAGAGACAUCAAGUCCAAUCAGAUGAUGAUUUCUUGCUGCAUAUUUGGGACAUCAGUUUCUGACAUUCGUUCAAUCAUCUCUGUCAAAUAAGGCCGUGAUCUCCCAGGUGGAGUGAUCUAUCUGCUUCUUGAGUACUUGCUGUCAAGUUGGCAGGUGAUCUCUUGGACGGCCUCUGACUGGCCAAGGAGGCCAGCUUCACAACUCUCUUGGUCCUACAACUGCACAUGUCAAAUGCCAGUACUUGUUAAAAUUCACUUCGCUCUUCUUUUCUAUCUGCUUACUCAUGCAUUGAACAUAACUUUAGAAACAAGAGAAUCCAAACCCCUCGUUCAUAUCAUUAUUAAAAUGUACUCCAGGUUUCUUGAUUUUAUUGCUAUAAAUUAAUAUUUUCAAGAUAUAUAGGAUGAAAUUAAGAUGGUCUGUCUACAA